GUCCUUGACUCUUUGACAGCGGCUGUGUGAACGAAGUGAAAAGUGAACCGUAGAUUUGUUUUGUUUCGUAUUGGGAUAUGUGAUUUAUAAUUUUAUCAAAAUGUCACUAAGGAAAGUUCUUUCCCUAACACGAGUAACGUGCUCUAGAGCCACAUCGCUACACUCUUCAUUUUAUUCAAGACAAAAUGUUUGCUUCCUCACUGCAAAUUCAACGAGAUACUAUUCUGAAAAAAAUAUAGGUCAACAAAAUAAAAAUGAGCCAGAAAAAGUUGACAUAAUUGGUAAAUUAUUUCCAAAGGCAGUGUUAAACCCUCAAGAUGCUCAAGAAAUCAAAAAAGAGCAGGAAAAGUUUGAAAAAGAGAAUAAAGAGAAAACGGAGGAAAAUGAGAAAAGCUGGAAGCGAAUGAAGAUUGGAUUUGCAGUGUUUGGUGGAGCUAUGACAGUAAUGGGAACUUGCCUGGUGGUAGAAAUGGGAGCGCCAAGACAUGAUGAUGAAGGGAAGAUCAUCGAGGAUGAGUUCUCAAAUCUGCCCAUAGUAUUACAAUAUUUGAAACGAACAUGGAAGGAGCUCACAUUUUAUGAGAGAAUGAUAAAAGAGCCGUCCCGUGAGAAAUUAUUACCGGAUCCUGUUCCACCACCGUACCAGCCAACUUACACAUUAGUUUUAGAGUUCACCGAUGUUCUCAUGCAUCCAGAUUGGUCAUAUCAAACUGGUUGGAGGUUUAAGAAACGUCCUGGCGUUGAGCAAUUCCUCCAGACAGUGUCCAGUUCAAACUAUGAAGUUGUUAUAUUCACUUCGGAGAAUGUCUUCAUGAUCUGGCCGGUGUUGGACAAGUUAGAUCCGGAGAACAAGUACAUUUCAUACAGACUGUUCAGAGAUUCCACACACUUUAUAGAUGGUGUGCAUGUUAAGAACUUAGAUGGACUUAACCGGGACUUAUCAAAGGUGAUUGUAGUGGAUUGGAACAAACAAGCAAUUAAAUUCCACCCGCAGAAUUCUCUCAUACUAAAGAAGUGGAAGGGUGAUGAUGAUGACACCGCCCUAUUGGAUCUCGCAAACUUGUUACAGACUAUAGCAAUGUCAAAUGUGACUGAUGUUAGAGAGGUGUUAACAUACUACAGUCAGUUUGAUGAUCCCAUCGCAGCAUUCAGAGAGAACCAGAGAAAAUUAAUGGAACAAAUGGAGGAGAAAGAGAGAGAGGCGAAGAAUGCAGAACAGCCCCUAACGAGGAACUGGCUCCGGAGUUUCACUAGGCGUUAAGUACUUAUCUUAACUGCUAAGCAACUUAUUUAAUUUUUUAAUUCCUAUAAACUUCAUUAUAUCUCAGCCAGGCACAUUAUAA